AUGAGGAUAGUUCCCGACAAAUCAUGGAUCGAUAUUCCUUGUAUUGAUAGAUGGAGGGAUAGUCGAUAUAAAGAUGGAAUAAAUCAAUUCAUACAGUACGCCUUGGCAGACCCACGGAAGUUAAAUAGUGAUGUCGUGUAUUGUCCCUGCUGUUGGUGUAAAAAUAGGGCAUUGGUGGAUAAAAGUGAUUUACAGAAACACUUAAUAUCAGGAUGUCAUGAGGAGUACAAAUAUUGGACGUUUCAUGGGGAAGGAUGUCUUGAAGAAAUGGAACUGAUGGCGGAUACCGGUACUUCCGGUGGGAGAAUAGAUGAUACGAGAAUAGAUGAUACACAUACGAUGCUCGCGGAUAUGUUAACAGUUCCUAAUAUAGAUCAAUCUGAUUAUGCCGAGGAUGCUGACGAGUCAGGAAAUGCUGGAGGCGUGACUGAUCAUGAGGAGCUGGCACAGUUAUCAUUUAUGCUGCGUCUUUUGCGUAUAAAGUCUCUUAGUGGAAUGACAGAUAAAUAUUUUAAUAUGUUGCUUGUGUUGCUGAGAAAAGUCAUUCCAAAUGGAAAAGAGAGCAUACCAGAAAAUUAUGAUAACGCAAAGAAGAUUGUUUCCGUUAUAGAACUUGAUUACAAUAAAAUCGACGAAUGCCCUAAUGAUUGUAUCCUCUACUAUAAGGAUAACAAAGAUCUUCAGGAGUGUCCAAUUUGUGGAGUAUCGCGGUGGGUACAACGCAAAAAUUAUUCAACACAUGGGACAACAAGGUCUAUGCUUAAGCAAAAGAAGAUUCCAGCAAAGGUCCUACAUCAUUUUCCCUUAAUACCAAGGCUAAAACGGUUGUAUAUGAAUAAAGACACUGCUAAGAAAAUGAGGUGGCACAUGGAAGAACGUACUGAUGAUGGUAAAAUCAGACAUCCGGCUGAUGCAGAGGCGUGGAAGCAUAUGGAUAGAACUUUUCCUUGGUUUGCGAAUGAGUGCAGGAAUGUUAGACUAGGUUUGUCUAGCGACGGAUUCAAUCCAUUUGGGAUAAUGAGUUCUGGUUGGUCUACAUGGGCUGACGGCGUAUCCUUGACGGGAAGCCGUCAAGGAUAUUCAUUACCGACGGGAAUUUAG